AUGUCUAAACCAAAAGCCUUCCUCAAGAAGUCGAAGGCAAAGAAAAAGGAAGAACAACCUCUAGAGACUGCCGAUGACUUCCAGGCAGCUGGGGUCGAUUUCGAAGAAGCUGCCGGAAAAUGGAGAGCAGGUGAUGCUGUAAAGUCGUUGCGGUUCUUUGACAGGGCAGUCGGUGUAUAUAGCCAGGGCUUAGAGAAGUUCCCCGGUAGUCUCGAUCUUGCUUAUAACAAGGCACGGGUGUUACUGGAGAUAGCCACUCACCCUAUUUUGGUGCAACAGCUCCCAGGCCCUCCCUGGGACAUUCUUCAGCAGGCACUCGAAGCACAUCGCUACGCCCUGAACCUUGACCAGGACAAUGCCGACACACUUUUCAAUACUGCACAGGUCUUGACAGCAAUCGCAGAGGCGUCAGCUAACGAUCCUGAUCGACCAGAGCAAGAAGCAUUGCAAGCGCUUGAGGAAGCCCUAGAGCUCCAGACUAGAUGUCUCGCCGUCCAGGAGUUGAAACUUGAGGAAUCCCUCCAGCUACAGAGUGAGGCAGCCGCUCAACCGACUUCGGGUGGGAGUCAAGUUGAUGUCGCCGAACAGGUGGACAACACCUCCAGUGAUGGUAGCGAUGAUGGUGGUGCCUCACUGAACACCAAAGCCGCCGACCAGUGGUUUGCAGUUGUUGAGCCCGUCACAAAAGAAACGCUUGUCGAUACCAUCCUUGCCGAGUUGGGCACUCUUACCACUCUUUGCAGCAUUCUAUCAUCUUCGACUGUUUCCGCGCCUACUACCAGCCUAGCGUGGAUAGAAGAAUUCUCAUCAAAACUCAUAAAGGCGAAGUUGCCGACUCUUUUACAGGAUGCUGAUCCCGAGAGACGGCAGGAAGUGGCACUGGCAAAAGCUAACCUUGUGUCGGCUCUACUCGAAGCCGGCUACAGAUCUCAGUCGAUUGACGCAAACACAUAUAAACGAGAAAGAGACGAAGCUUUCAGAGAUACGGACCUGGACUUGGAGAAGGACUUCUCGGCAUUGUUAGCUAACGCAAAUAGCCUCGUGGCCUUCAAUGCGGCCCUCAGCGACGUUGACACGAGUGCUUCUUCAAUAUCUCAACGGUGGAACGCUCUUUCAGCGGCCAUAGCCAAUCUCGCUGCUGCUUCCAAAAUUUCAGGUCCAGUGCCAGAAGACAUUGCUGAAACUCAUUCGAUCCGUGGGAACUGCUCGCUGUUGCAGUAUCAGUUGGGAUCACCGCCGAUACUCUAUCAGCCGGCUAUCACAAACAAACCACAGCUUCUGAAAAACGCCGAUACAUUCUACAGGAAUGCCAGCAAGCUAUAUCAGGUUGAAGACAUGAAGGCAGUCUGUCAAUUUCGAGGGCUCGUGGCACAAACAUUGAUUGCAGGCAGCGACUUGAUGUCAGCUCUAGCCUCCUUGAGCACUACGAAGAGUAAAGAGUGGGUGGAGAGCCAAAUCCAAGAGAUGAUUGACGAAGGGCUUCUAGGAGCCAUUAAGGAACAAGGGGGAUUGUCGCAAUAA